UACUCACCAUUCCGGGCAGCGGGAAGACAAAGAAAGGAAAGGGAAUUGUGGGUAAUAAAUAUGCCGCCUGGCAGAUCGCGAGAGUUGAUGCCGGCGCGGGAUGUCAGAUUUAAAGCAACAGGACUCCUAUAAACCUAAAAAUCAACGCGGGCGGAGAAGCUACCACGGCUGACUGGGUUUUCCGACUGAGGAGCCACCGGGAAGACUCUGUCCGGGCUGAGAAACUGCGGCGGGCGGGCCCGGCCCGGGGAGAGGCGGGGGAAAGUGCGGGUCCCGGAGGCACUUGUCCACCCCGCCCCGGGCCGACACCGCGGACGCGGCGUCUGACGGGGUUUCGCCGUGUUGGUCAGGCUGGUCUCGAACUUCUUACUUCUCAGGUGAUCCGCCCGCCUCGGCCUCCCAAAGUGCUAGGAUUACAGGCGAGAGCCACCGCGUGCCCGGCCAGAAUGACCACUUUUUUAGGACCUCUUCCCUGCCGCGCAGAAACUGGAGGGAGCUGGGCGCAGUGCAGAGAUGAGAUUGAGGACGAGACACAGGUGUCACGGGCCACUCAAGGUGAACAGGACAAUUACGAGAUGCACGUGCGAGCUGCCAACAUCGUCCGAGCCGGUGAGUCCCUGAUGAAGCUGGUGUCCGACCUCAAGCAGUUCCUGAUCCUCAACGACUUCCCCUCCGUGAACGAGGCCAUCGACCAGCGCAACCAGCAGCUGCGUGCGCUGCAGGAGGAGUGCGACCGGAAGCUCAUCACGCUGCGGGACGAGAUCUCCAUUGACCUCUACGAGCUGGAGGAGGAGUAUUACUCGUCCAGCUCAAGCCUUUGCGAAGCUAAUGACCUGCCUCUGUGUGAAGCUUACGGGAGGCUGGACCUCGACACAGACUCUGCUGAUGGUCUCUCGGCCCCUCUGCUGGUGUCCCCGGAGCACAGUACUGGCCCCCUGCAGGCAGCAGCCCCUGCCCAUUCCCAUGCCGGUGGCCCCGGCCCCACUGAGCACACCUGAGCCUCUGGGGCCACCUUUCAUCGUCAGGAACAAAACCUGAGGUCGCCCUCUGGAUGCUGCCACAGCCUUGCUUCUUUCAGCCUAGGUUCCCAUUUGGGGACUUCAGGAUCCCAGAGCCACUGGGACUUCCUUGCGGAGCUCGUUAGCCCAUGGCUGGUACAGCCAGGAUGAUUGGGAAAGUGGUUUCCUGGCCGUUUCUGAACAGCCCAUCAUUCCCUGAGUCGUCAUCUCUCUUUGCUACCUUUCUGGCCGGCCAGGUAGAAGAAAGUUUCCAACAUAGGUGUGGCCUGUUGGGGACCUCAGCAGUGGGGCAGGAGGGUGCCUGACAUGGGGAGCCCCAACCCAAGCUUGUUAGAGUUGGGAGGGACUCCGAGCAGACAGUGUUGGGCAGUCCGGGGUUCCUGUGCGGAGCCCCACCUGCUGUUUCUUGCCCUGAGCCACACAUUGGUGCCGUGGCUGAGUGUUACGGCAGGGCCUUGUGAGAAGGGUUGCCCCCGCAUAUGGAAGCUGGUGGGACUCAUUCCUAACUCCGCCUCUGUAAUGAGACUUGAUUAAAACAGCGCCACCCUUUUGCA